ACAACUCCUCUCCUGCUCUACUUUAUCAAUUUUCCCUCAUUUUUUCUCUCUGACCAAACACUUGCUCAACUCUCACCAAUGGCUUGCUCAAGCUCUGCUUUGAAGACCAUGUCUUAUCCUGCCAAACUAGCCAAUUUAACAAGAUCGCACCGAGCUUCUUCACCCACCUGCAGACUCCUGCCUCCCAAGCUCUCAAACCCAUCUCUCACAGGAAACCUCAAACUCCAAUUGACGCCGCCACAAAGCUUCAGCUUUUCACUACCUAAAAGAUCACUCACUUGCAAAAGCCAGGCCGACGACCCAUCAGGCUCUGCAAGACCCACCAAAGUUCAUGAACUGUCCGUGUACGAGAUCAACGAGCGUGACCGUGGAAGCCCUGCCUACCUCCGAUUGAGCCAGAAAUCUGUUAAUUCCCUUGGCGAUCUCGUCCCUUUCAGCAACAAAUUGUAUACCGGGGACCUGCAAAAACGGGCGGGGAUCACAGCGGGAAUAUGCGUUUUGAUCGAAAACAAAGCGGAGAAGAAAGGUGACCGGUACGAGGCGAUCUACAGCUUCUACUUCGGGGACUACGGUCACAUAUCGGUGCAGGGAGCUUACUUGACCUACGAGGACACGUACUUGGCGGUGACCGGUGGCUCUGGGAUCUUUGAGGGGGCGUACGGGCAGGUGAAGCUGCAGCAGAUCGUAUUCCCCUUCAAACUCUUCUACACUUUCUACUUGAAAGGCAUCAAGGCCGACUUGCCGGAGGAGCUUCUCGGGAAGCCAGUUGAGCCGAGCCCGGCGGUGGAGCCGAGCCCUGCUGCAAAGGCUUGUGAGCCCCACGCCACUUUAGCCAAUUUCACAAACUAAUUUUGGAAGUGGAUGGUUGGGUGCACGAUGGGGAAAAGCAGAACAAUUUUUUUUUUUUUUAAGUCAUUUUUGCUAGGAAUGUGGGACUUAGAAAAGCAUUCUUAAUAAACUUUAGAGCCAUGUUCGGUGGACGAU